AUUGAUAACAGUUUUUAAAUCAUAAUUAAUUUUUAUUUUAUUAGUGAAUUUAAUAAAUAAAUAAGUUACCCGGAUGCCUGUAAUUAUUAAGUAGGCAAGCUUAUAAAAGUACACUUUUGACUGACUGCGGGCAAAUAGGAAGUCGUCGUUUCAGAAAAUGUCAACUCCAAAGACCAUUAUCACCAAGACUAAUACAAAUAAACUUGAAGGCGAUGAUACAAUUUCUGAUAUAGAAAUAAUACGAAGCCUUUUAUAUUGUUUCCAAGGUGUUGAUAGCCAUCGGAUAGUAUUUAAUCAAAAUGAAAAACAGUUUAUGGUUACAGCAAAAUUAAACUUCUAUCAAAUUAAUAAAGUAAACCGUUUAAUGGAACUUGGAUAUCUACAUAACAUAGUGCAAGAGUAUAUUGAAAUUAAUAGUGAUAAUAAAAAUGGUUCUGUAGCGUCAGGAAUAGCUCAUUGCUUGCAUGAAGAACUUGGUGUAUACUAUGAAAGUAUUAAUAAAAUACAGAAAGAGGUUAAUGAAGCAUACGAAAAUUCAAAAAAUUAUUCACUCGGAAAUUUAUUAUGUUGGUCAGUGCUUUGGUUAGGGCAACUACAAGAUUUAGGCUGUACAGUGAAAAUGCUCAAUGGUGUAAAACGUGGUGGUGAAUUAGUAUCUAUAAUUGCACCUUUUGCAUAUUGUGCAAAUCCAUAUUUACAACAAAUGGCCACAAAUAUGAUUAAAAUAGCUACUAAGCCAUUAAUGAUGAUGAUGUGUCAUUGGAUGGUUGAUGGAGAACUAUUAGAUAAUUAUGAUGAGUUUUUUAUUUGUCAAUGUCCAGACAUUAACAAUUAUGAUAUGUGGAAUAAUCGAUACACUAUUAGAGAGUCUAUGAUACCAACAUUUUUUACUAAAGAAGAUGUUAAUAGAAUAUUUCGCACCGGAAGAUAUAUAAACUUUCUUCACACUAUAUGCAAAAGCAAACCUGAUCUAACACCAUCCAGGAAAAUUUUAAAAGAUCUCAGAAAUUCAGGAGAUAAAGAUUUAUUCCCAAUGUUGGAGCAAGGAAGCAUUAUUUCUGAAUUGAUUAACAAGGCUUGUACUGAAUCAUCUACUGUAGUAUUAGACAUUUUAAAGGAUAAAUUUAAGCUAUUUUUACAUUUCGAAGGGCUUAGGCGGUAUAUGCUUUUAGGACAAGGUGAUUUUGUCACAAGCUUGUUAGAAAUUCUACAACCCCAUUUAGAUAAGUCUUCAGGUAUACUUGGUCAUCAUACAUUUAGAAAUUUUUUGGAUACUGCUGUAAGAAUGAGUAAUGCUCAAUAUGAUGAACCUACUAUACUGAAAACACUUGAUGUAAAGCUUUUACUCACUUCUGGAGAAGAUUGUGGAUGGGAUAUAUUCCAAUUAAAUUAUUCAACUGGUGGACCUUUGGAAACGAUUUUUGAGUUCAGUGGUAGUGGAAAAUAUUCGACUAUGUUUGUGUUCUUGUGGCGUUUAAAAAGAAUUGAUUUUGUGUUGUCACAAAUGUGGAGGGAAUUAAAUCUACUAAUAAAAACUUCAUACCACAUAGUUUCAGAAAUCCGGUGUGCACUCAAGUCAACAAAUAAUCUAGUAGCGGAAAUGGUUCACAGCAUACGUCAAAUUCAGUUUUAUGUACUAUCUGAUGUCAUAGAAACCGAAUGGGAACAUUUUCGCCAAGCCAUCAACAAAGCAUCUUUGCUGGAAACCGUGAUUGAAGCUCAUAACCAAUUUCUGAAGAACAUUUUUAAGAGAUCUGUACAAACCGAAGAAACACACGAUUUAUCAAAGAAAAUGCGUCAGUUAUUCGAAUCAGUUUUGGAACUUCGGGGCAUUCAAGAAAGAUUUCAUAGUCAAUCUGAGCACGAACUUAAAAGACGUAAGGAUCUAGAAAAAUAUAUUGAAAUACAUGGUACUUGCAAUGAAACUGAGAACAACGACACCUAUUUAAAAGAAUUAUUCUUGUCAGAGGUCGAGAGAUAUGAAAGUAUCAUUCAAGAAAUUAGUAUUAACUAUAAGACCGAUUUGGGGAAAUUUUUGAAGAAACUCAUUAAAGUAUCGACUGAUGAUCAAGAAGCCCUUCAUUCAUUAGCAAAUCGUAUAAACUUUAACAUGUACUACAGCAAAAAGGAUCAAGAACUAGAGAAAUGUGCUACUUAUGUGUGCAGAUCCAACAAAUAAUUGCGUAUUAACUAAAUGAUAGAAUGUAAGUUUUAUUUUCAUUGCACACAAAUAGUGAACCAUUAUU